AUGGAGUCGAUAUUGGGCAGUGCGAAAUGUGGGGAGCAGGUAGUGUUUUGUAUGGGAAGCGAGGAGUGCGGAGUUGCGGCCAACAUGAGUAAAGUGGUGGUGUUGAGAGGCAGUGGUGGUGUUGUCGCGUUGGAUGGAGGUGCUGCUGGUGAUGGUGCUGGUGCUGGUACAUUUGGUGUUCGGCGGUGGGCGUACAAUUCUCACAUUCACUUGUCGGAUGUAAGUGACGUCAAUGCGAUGCUUUAA